UCCCCCCAUCGUUAGACGCGACAGUGGUAUGAUCCAUGGAGCAAACACAUGCUACUCCUGUGACCACGUGUUUUUCUUGUUGAUCUGACAGCUCAAUGCUAACCGGGUGGAAAGAAUGAACAUUUAAGUCUCGUCAGUUGAAGAUAUUGAGCCGAGUGUUUAAGUUAAUUAUCGAAGUUUCCUUUAAAGUGAAUUACAGAAGUAUUUUUCACAGAGAUAAGGCUGAGUUAGCUGCUGAACCCGCAGCACUUCUCUAGACUCUCGUCAUCGCCCUGUCUCUGUGGCUGAGGUGACCGCCACAGCGCCACGAUGCGGAGGUGUAAGAACUGCGGUGGGACGGAUGUGGACGUGGACCAGGCUCGCGGUGAUGCCGUGUGUAUGGGCUGCGGCUCCGUGCUCGAGGACAACAUCAUCGUUUCGGAGGUGAUGUUCGUAGAGAGCAGCAGCGGAGCCUCAUCCGCGGUCGGCCAGUUCGUGGCCUCGGACUCUCAGGGCAAUGUCCCAUCUCUGGGUGGAAACUACACAGGGAUGGGAAAAGAGUCCAGAGCGCAGACGUUACAGAACGCGAAGAGGAAUAUUAAUCACUUGGGCCAUCAGCUGCAGAUGAACCAACACUGUCUGAACACCGCCUUCAACUUCUACAAGAUGGCUCUGUGUAAACGUCUGACACGAGGGAGGAAGUCGGCCCACGUCAUCGCCGCCUGCCUCUACCUGGUGUGCAGGACGGAGGGAACGCCUCACAUGCUGCUGGAUCUCAGCGAUCUGCUGCAGGUCAAUGUGUACAUUCUGGGAAGAACGUUCCUGGUGCUGGCUAGAGAACUCUGCAUCAACGCUCCAGCCAUAGAUCCGUGUCUGUACAUCCCUCGCUUCUCCCAGAUGUUGGAAUUUGGUGAGAAAAGCCACGAGGUGUCCAUGACAGCGCUGAGACUCGUGCAGAGGAUGAAGAGGGACUGGAUGCACACAGGACGGAGGCCUUCAGGGCUCUGUGGAGCAGCUCUGCUGGUCGCUGCCCGUAUGCACGAGUUCCAUCGCACCAUCAAAGACGUGAUCGGUGUUGUUAAAGUAUGCGAGGCCACGCUGAGGAAGAGGUUGAGUGAGUUCGAGGACACGCCCACCAGCGAGCUGACCAUUGACGAGUUCUUGAAGGUGGAUCUGGAUCAGGAAUGUGACCCGCCCUCGUUUAAAGACGGACAGAGGAGGCUUCGUCUGCAGAAGAUCGAGGAGGAACUGGCCAAGAAGAUCGAUGACGUUCAGGGUGAAAUCUGUGGCUAUCAGGACGAGAUUGAAAAUGAACUGGAGAGCAAUCGACCAAAAUCCAAAGGGAUUUAUGCAGCUUAUGCGGAAAAUGAUGACAUCAUUUCUCACACAUCGUCUGGCGCGUACGAUCUUGACGAUGAAGUGGAGGAUGAAGAUCUGCGUGCCGCGGCGUCUCACCUGAACACCGAUCUGCCUCGCGUCGGCGACAGAGAGGAGAGACGGGACACGACAGAGGAAGAGCAAGACUCUCCACCCAAGCGCCCGUCUCUGGAGGCUCUGCUCGGACCGCUGCCCACCGCCGCCAGCCUCGGCCUAUCCGACUCCAUCCAGAAGUGUGUUGGAGAGGAGAAGGAGAACGAGCAGACGUCGGACGGCGGCGAGCUGGACCUGAGUGGGAUCGACGACGACGAGCUCGAGUUUUACAUUCUCAAUGAGAAGGAGGUGAAGGUUAAAACUGAGCUCUGGAUGCUGGAGAACGCAGAUUACCUCAAAGAGCAGAAAGAAAAGGAGGAGAAAAUAGCGAAAGAGAAAGAGUUGGGUAUCUACAAGGAGAAAAAGCCAAGGAAAAAAUCUCAGAAGCGAGCACCGAUCAACGCCAGCACGGCCGACGAGGCCAUCGAGAAGAUGCUUGAGCAGAAGCGAAUCUCCACUAAGAUUAACUAUGACGUCUUGAAGGACCUGAACCGCUCGAGCGUUAAGAGCGCUUCGCCCGAGCCGAAGGAGUCUCCGGGCCGCUCCUCCACCCAACGGAGGACGCCGUCAACACGCCCACAAAGACCCAAGCCGUUCUCCACCAGCCUGGCUAUACCAGCCAGCAACUUCAACAAGAGGUUACGACCACUGAUCUCGACACAGCCCACUAAGAAGCCGCUCCUGGAUGAGCUGGUGUCUGAGGCUCCGGAGGCCCCGGCUGUGGUUACCCACAAUGCCGCGGUGGUGGAGAGUGGACCCGUAACGUAUGACGACCCGGGAGAGGAAGAGGAGGAGGAAGAAGAGGAGCAGUGCGUCAGUGCCAUGCAGCUCAUAGGAGGAGAUGAUUACGGCUAUGACUUUGACGACGAGGAUUGACAUUAAAACCACUGUGUGUGUGUGAGCGAAAAGGAUGGCUAAAGACACAAGCUGCUAACACUGCACAUACUGUACACACACACACA